AUGUACAAGGUGAUUUGUUACUAUGCCAGUUGGGGGGCCACCCGCCCCGGAAACGGCAAAUUCCUCCCCGAAGACAUCGACGCCACCUUGUGCACCCACGUGAACUACGCCUUUUUGGGGCUCAACCGCGACGGCAGUUUGCAGAUUUUGGACGAGGAGAAUGACAUAAAUCAAGAGGGGUUGAAGCGUGUGAGCGAUUUGAAGAAAAUCAACCCCGAUUUGAGGGUGCUUUUGAGCAUUGGUGGGGCUGCUGCCGACACUGGGACCUUCACUGAGGUUGCAAGAAGUGCCGAUUUGAGUCAAGCAAUGGCCAAUAGCGCGAUUGAGUUUUUCGAAAAGUUUGAUUUUGAUGGGUUGGAUGUCGAUUGGGAGUACCCCCGAGGUGGAGACAUUGGAACCUACAUCGAUCUUUUAACGGUUUUGAAGAAGGCUUUCGAACCCAAAGGGUAUCUUUUGACCGUUGCUGUUAACUCAAUUCCGGGGGAAGUUGGAGGAUAUGAUAUUCCAGCAAUGUCUAACAUUUUGGACGUGAUAAACGUCAUGACAUACGACUUCCACGCCAUGUGGGGUAACACCGCCGAGAACUCGCCCUUGUAUGGGGGCGAAAACGAGAGUCAAUGGAACCGAGACAACCGCAAUUCGGACGCUGCGAUUCGUUAUUGGUUAGAUGGGGGCGCUGACCCCCAGAAAAUCGCCCUCGGGAUUGCCUUCUACGGCCAUACCUACAAAAUAAGUCCUGAAAACCAUGGUCUGGACGCCCCCACCCAAGGGCCAGGAGACCCAGGACCAUACACCAACAACACCUUCAGUCUGGGGUACAACGAGGUUUGCGAGUUUCACCCAGAUGGUAGUGUGGUGUUUUUGGACGAUAUGAAAGUGCCCUACAUGUAUGAUGGGGAUUUUUGGAUUGGUUAUGAUAAUGAGCAGUCUGUCACAAUUAAAACUGAAUAUGCGAAAGAGAAAAACUUGGCUGGGGUUUUUAUCUGGUCGAUUGAAACCGACGACUUGCAUGGAUUUUGUGGCGAGAAGAAUGGACUUUUGAAAGCAAUUAAUCAAGCAAUAAAAAGUUGAUUGUACAAAAAUUAAACAAAUAAAAUAUUAU